AAUAACGGUUUUCUGCCAGAGGGAGCUUCUCUUAUCGACAUGAGUGGAGCUUCGCAGGCAGAAAUGGGGGACACGAACCCAUCAGAGUCUGUAAAGCGAAGGCCAGGCAGGUCUCACCAGUCUGCUUUGAGCAUGCAGGCCAUUCACAAAUCCACAAUGGAGAAACAGGCCAGAUACAGACAGGAGAGGGAGGUGAGGAAGGCUAGUCUGACGCCAGCACACCAGUACAUGUUCGAAGUCCUGGCUGUUGUGCUUGGCCUGGAAGUUUCAGCGGUGGAAGAUUUUAUUCUUGAUGCCCCAUCAUUAGCACCGUUUGAUGAUUUCUUUGCCAAAGGAGGGUCAGAAGUUAUUUCAUUUGCAUACCAGGAAUCAGAGGUUCCAGGAGUAGAAUGUGGUCGCACUUUUCCUGGCGUGUCGAAGGGAACCAAAAUGAUGCGACUGUUCCUGGCCGAUAUGUCCGACACAUGCUUUGAAGGACUUUGUUUGUUUUUUCUGAGAAUUAACACGGAUGUUGCACUCAACCCAGCGAACAUCCACAAGGAGAUUUAUCUAUCCAUGCUCAGCGCCACAGAGGGGAUGCUGAAAGGAAUAAGAGAUUUGUUAUCAAAUGUGUACAUACCAGCAGUUUGUACAACUGAGAACUGGGGGGCUUUAAACCAGUCUAAACAUGGAGAGAAAAUCAAGCAGAACUUUAAAGAUGACCUGUUUCACUUCACGCACUUUCUGGAUGAGAUGCAGCUGAGCAUCGAGGGUACCGUUAAACUAACAAAAGCCUCAGAGAUCGACUUCUCCAGACUUGUGACCUUUGAGAAUGUAAAAGCGGCGGCUGAAGACGCGGACAUGGUGCGCAGACUCGAGGAGAUUUUAAUGGGGUGGUACAAGCAGAUCGAACAGGUGCUGACAGAAAGGAAUCAGAUUCGUAGAGAAGAUGAUGCGUCGGGGCCUUUGACAGAACUCGAACACUGGAAAAGGAUGUCUGCAAAGUUCAGCUCCAUCAUAGAACACAUCAAAGGCUCAGAAUGUAAAACUGUGGUGAACGUCCUUCAUAUAAACCGAUCAAAGACCAUAAAGCUAUGGCGGGAGCUAGAUAACAGAAUAACUGACUGUGCGAACGAGGCUAAGGACAACGUAAAAUAUCUCUCCAGCCUGGAGAAAAUAUGUCGGCCUCUUUAUAACUCUGAUCCAGUCACCAUGGCUAAAAGUAUCCGGACUCUCAUCACCGCCAUUUGCAUGAUACAUGAUGUGUCAAGAUAUUACAACACGUCUGAACGAAUGUCUACACUUUUUAUUAAAGUUACUAAUCAGAUGGUGACCGCCUGCAGAGCUUACCUUACUAAUAAUGGCACCUCAAGCAUUUGGGAUCAGGACACACACGAUCUCAUUAAGAAGAUGCAGGAGUGUAUCUGCCUGUUUGAGGAGUAUCGGUCAUGCUUCCAAAGUACGAAGAAGCAGAGGCUCGAGACGCAGCCCGGGAAAUCAUUCGAGGUGUCGGAGAUGUACAUCUUCCGCAAGUUUGACGAUUUCUGCAAGAGGCUCGAGAAGAUAACUCAGAUGAUCACAGUGAUAAAAUCGUUCUCGGCCCUCGGCCAGUCAAGAAUCGAAGGGCUCGAGACUCUAGCUGCAAAGUUUCAGAACAUCUACAUCAACAUAAAAAAGAAGGAGUACGACAUACUGGCUCAAAGAAGAGAGGUGUUUGAAGUGGACUUUACCGAGUUCAUGUCACACAUCAGUAACCUGGAGCACCAACUUCAAGAUUUAAUGAGAAAAUGUUUCUCCAAGAUUUUUUCAUCUCAACAAGCCUUAAACCUCCUACAAAGGUUUCAGAAACUGAACAUGUCGUGUCUGCAGGCAGAAAUCUCCACAACCCUCCACCUGAUUCUGCAGCACUACGUCACAGAGAUCGAAGCUGUAAACCAGCACUAUCAGACCUACAGAGAAGAUCCUCCCAUAGGCAGAAACAUGCCUCCAGUGGCGGGCAGGAUUGUCUGGGUCAGGCAGCUGUUCAGCAAAAUACAGGAACCCAUCAGUUACAUUGAGAAAAACUCAGAGGUCCUGUCCACAUCUGAGGGGCAGGAUGUUGUGCAGCUGUACAACAGGUCUGCAGCGGUGUUUGUGGAGUUUGAGAUUCUUUACUAUACAGCCUGGAUGAACAGGUUCCCACAGUUGGAAUAUGCCCUGUAUGAAACCCUGCUUGUUCGCGACCCAGAAUCAAAGAAACUGCUGGUGAACAGUUCUACAAUAAACGAGACAUUACGAGAGAUUAAAUGCUUGAUUAAACUGGAAUUGAAGGUUCCUGAGAAGGCUCUGUAUAUGUUUAGGACAGAGAAACACCUAAAGACAACACAAUUCAGAUUAGAGACGUUUAUCAGCAGUUAUGAGGAUACGCUUGAGGAAAUUCCUGCUAUGUUUUACAGUCUGAUGAUAUCAAAAAUAAAAAAGGUGGACUCUGUGCUUCGUCAAGGCUUGGUGUUUCUCAGCUGGUCGUCUCUCAUCCUGGACACAUUUUUCAAUGAUCUUGAUGCUGCCAUGGCUGAGCUGCAGCAUGUUCUAAAGAAGGUGACAGAUCUUUGCGAGAUUCGCAUUGAAGGUGUUUUACACAACAUCUCCGAGACUGUCCUCAUCACCCUGCCAGAGGACAGAGCCUCAUCUCUACAGGACCUGAUUACCACCAACGAGGCUCAGACUAAGCUGUGGGCUCAGACUCUCAACCAAAAGAGCAGCCACGUAGAGGAGGCAGUGAAGGAACUGACUUUAAUCUUCAGUGCUAUUUAUGAGCCAAAAGAAAGCAAAGACCCGGCUGAGAAACCUAAAGGACACAAACGUGUUGCAUUCUCAGAAGAUCUGGGCUCAUCAAACGAUAAAGACAGGUUCAAGGCAGAAGCCCGUGAAGCUGAUAAAGACGAAGACUUUAAAAACGUAAAUGCUGGGUCCACUAUUUGUCAGCUAAAAUAAAUACUUCACCUAUAGUUAAGAUUAAUCUAUAACUAAAAUACUGCCUGUAAAACAAACUGAUAUAUAUAUGUAUAUAUGUAUAUAAUAUAUAUAGACCUUCUAGUUAGAGCUUCCCAUGUUCUACAUAAAUCAAG